CGAUCUCUCCAGCUGCAGCCAAAAGACCUCAAGAAGCAGCUCCUAAGCAGAAGGUGCCUGCAAAUUACGCAUUGAUUAGUGAUGAUACAUUAAGAGAUUUGCUGCGAUCAGAAAGAGCGUCUCUGAAACGACUACGAGAAAAAAGUAGGGCAGAAUCUCUUACAGAAGAAACUGGCUAA